CUGAGAGUGAUUAGGGACAAGCGAAAAGAUUUCACACUAUGUAUUUCUCCCGUAUUACAUUUAAGCUUGUGUAGGCUCUUUGUCCGCCUGUUGCUGGACGGGAAAGCAGAUUUGUUUUUUCAUUACGAUCGAUCAUUUAGAUCAGUUUUGAAUUUGUUGCUGUCCUGCAUGUAAACUUACGGUAUCGGGUAGACUAAAACUGAUUCAACGGAUAUGUUUAAUUCUUGUUAUAUAUACAAUAAACAAAUUACAACAUAGAAAGUGCUUUGUAAAGAUUUUUAUUCACUAGUCGAAAAACUUUGGAACUCAUGAAUAAAAAUCCGUACGUCGCACUUUCUAUGACGUAAUCUAUAUAUACUGUCCUAAUAUCCUUCUCAUGGGCGCUUUCUCAUUCAAUUAAAAAUUUCGAAACGGGGACAAAAUGCUACGAAAAUUUCCUGGGAAAGUUUUCAGAACAUCCGUAAACUGUUGAAUUUCCGAAAACGCCGGAAAUUCCAUUCGGAAAGACAAAUGGAACGGAAAUUCCAGGAGAAACUUCCAAAAAUUUAUGUAUACCUCUUUUUCUGAAAUACCGGAAAAUGCUGUCUAUUCGUCAUUGACCUGGACCACUGCUUCUUGCCAAAUUACAAGCCAUACAGCGAUCAAACUCGCCUACAUGCUGCCAAAGCGUAGCGAAAUGGCAAAAAUACCUACAAAUCCCCCACGGUACAUGUUACCCAUACACUGUCCAUGCAGAGCAUCAUGAAUCUAGCCCCAGGACUGUAGUUUUCAGUUAGCCAGACAGGACUUUUUCUUGGUGACGGCGAUUUUAUUGUCUUGUCAUUAAUGACAAAUUUUGUCCUGAUACCGUGGAAUCAGUAAUUUUUCGAGCUUUCGAAUCUCCCGUUAUACAUUAUCCUAAUCUGGAGUUAACAUGCAAACACUAAAUAAAUCUUUUUUUCAGUGCCCUCCGUCGCUCCUCAAAAUGUGACAGCGGUCAGUAAGACUUCCACCAGCAUCUUCCUGAGGUGGGAUGCUGUUCCAUCCAAUCAAAGAAGCGGUAACAUUCUGGGGUACAAAGUGAAUUUGACAUUACAAAGCAAAAUCGAUGACAGGCAAUUCACCGAAGAGGUUAGCGUUGCAAUGGUUUACGUCAACCUAACAGGACUCAGAAAGAGCAGAAAUUUCAAUAUUACAGUGUCUGCCUUCAAUGAAUGUGGAGAUGGACCUCGUAGUGUGAAUCUCUUUGUGAAGACAGAUGAAGACAAGCCUGAUGCGGCUCCUCAAGAUGUCACAGCAGUCAACAGGACGUCAUCAAGUAUACUGAUCAUGUGGGGUGAAGUGCCAAGAAGUAAACGUCAAGGAAGCAUUCAGAGUUACAGAGCGGAUUACACAUCAACAACAAGCGACGAAACAAAAAGUAAGGAGGUCCAAGCCCCUACCCAAUACUUGGAGAUAGAUGACUUGGAACACAACACCAACUACACCAUCACAGUUAUGGCUUCCACCAGUAAGGGAUAUGGACCAGCCAGCGAGCCUAUUUUUGUGGCCACAGAUAAAGAUCAAACUGUACCAUGAACACUCUGUCCGACUUUUGGGGUUGGAUUCUUCGAAGGGACGAUGAUAUUUCAUCCUCUUAACUUGAAACCAAGACAGUAAAAUUUAGUUUGCACUUGUAAAUAGACUGCAGUUCUAAGCCAAAUACAGGCACUUUGGACGGGAAAGAGAUUGGACAAAAAUCCAUUGACGGGAGACGGAUUUUAAAAGUGCGUUCACAACCGGCGACUCCCACUUCUUACUCGAUUACCUUUGGUUAAACUACAGCCGUUUGAUAAAUUACUUAUUAAACUUCGCUGAAGUAUCCGAGACGUUUGGGGACAACAAUGCACGAAAUUCGGCGAUCUUCCCUUAAAUUACUUUUCCACAAUACUGUAUAAAUGGAGUAUUUGUGACACACUCCUGCUUGUAAGCAAGGGCCGCCGGUAAAACGUACUAUUUAAUUUAGUUACAAAAAGAUAGUCUUAGGUACAAACCAACGUUUUUAUUAAUGAAUCAAGAUUAUAAAUACACUUUAACCUUUUCGCUUCUGAGACCGCUAUAACGUUCAAACUGUUCUUUGCUGACGUCUUUAGAUUUUUUGAUACUGAUUAACACCUGGCAAUAAACAUUGAAGGACAUUUGUCAGAUAGCAGGUCGUCCAAUAUAAAGUGAGAUAUGCAAAGUGAGCAAAGUAUGCAUUUUAACUAUUUUCUUUUAAAAGCAGGCUCCAGCUAACGUGAGCUUCAUACUAAGAAUCAGGCUACAAAGGCAAGUUUUUGCUCAUCUGAAUUACAUUCAACACAUGCUGAGUGAGCUGAACUGAGUUCUUAAAAAUAUCUUCCAUAUCUAUAUAUCUUUCCUUGCUUAUUCAUAAGCAUCAUUACAAAUAAAGUAGAUUGUUUUCAACGAAUAAUAAAUACCAUUAACGAGAGUAGUUCUCAACGAAAUAAGUAACUUAUUACCUGAGGUGAUAAGCUCGUAGUGAAAUGUAUCGAUGGGUGAAGCCUUGUUUCACAGGCUCAUUUGCUGAUAGAUCCUUGUACAUUUACAUUUAACUAAUGCGCUGUUGCCAUAAUUUUGUACCUCAGUUAAGUUUGUGUUUGUAGAAUUAAUUUAGCGAACAAUUUGUGACUCACUGACAGCUAUGACCGAGUUGAGUUUAAAAUGUUAAUUUUGAGAUUAAGGUCCUUAGCAGCUGUGACAGAAAAAUUAACAAGUCGCAUUUGGCAAUUUAUUUUACACAUCACCGAACUGGGAGAAAAUUCAAUAGAGUCUACUUCCACUGAAAAUAUAUUCUCUUUUUUUCUUUUUUUUAAAUAAUAAUGUUCGAUAGUAAGGUAAAGAACAUGAAAAACUUUAAGAGAAAAGUUAAAUAGCAGAAAAUAGUAUUUUUCAAAUAUUAUACAAAGAUAAUUGAGAGCAAUUACUUUAAGCUUUUUAGGAGUCAUUUGUUAAUUUACGGCUAUAACCAGCUGCAUUGAUAUCAGCUUCUAUGGUAAAAGGCAAAAGCUCACUGCGAUAAUUUAAAUCGACCCUUUGACAA